CCCCCCUUAUAAUUGUGCAUAUCAAUCUCAUAUUUAUAUUAAUAUGAUAUGCUUUCUUCCCUUUUACGACUGUACCAGACCUCAAACAUCCCACAGGACCCCCACCCCCAACCAAUCAUCUCUUCCUCUCUUCUCUCACACCCACCAUGAUUCGCUCUCUAACAACUCUGGCACCCGCGAACUCAUCAACGACGGCGGCGGCUGCUCCUCCUCCUGAGGCCCUCACCGUGGAGUCGGACUUCGUGGUCAUACUGGCUGCCCUUCUCUGCGCACUCAUAUGCGUGGUGGGGCUCAUCGCGGUGGCCCGGUGCGCUUGGCUCCGUCGCAGCUCUACCCACACUCGGUCUCCGGCUGGGGCUCAGGCUCUAGCAAACAAGGGCCUAAAAAAGAAGGUACUUCAGUCUCUCCCCAAAUUCACGUACGACUCCGACGGCGCCAAGAACCCAAAGCUAUCGGUGGCGGAUUGCGCCAUAUGCUUGGGUGAGUUCAUGGACGGGAACGAGCUGAGGGUUUUGCCACAGUGCGGUCAUGCCUUCCACGUUUCAUGCAUCGACACAUGGCUUGUGUCCCACUCAUCGUGCCCAUCUUGUCGGCAGAUCCUGGUGGUAGAGAGGUGCCACAAGUGCGGUCAUUUCCCGGCUCCUCAAAUUGAUCAGGCUGGCCUGGAUUUCAAUGCCAUUACUACCAACACUAGCAUUAAUUACAAUACUCUUACUCCUACUUUCUUGCCUUAAACUUUAAACAAACAAACAAAGGCCCGCCCUUUAUUUUCUCAUUGCCGUCUUGUAAAUUCAAGGUAAUAUUCUAACACUACGUAUCAGCAUAUAUGUUUAGGAAUAGGGUCUCUUUUGGUGUAUUUCUUUUUCUUCUUUUGAUCCCUGAGGUCAAUUGCUCUGAAUAUGAGAUUGACAGUUGCGCUGUAUGUU